AUGUAUGAUAUUCCAGUUCCAAAGUCGAGACAUCCCAUGGUUGUUGAAUGGGUAGAAGGUAUGGCGACUUCAUGCAUCAUUUAUAUUUCUAGAUAUAAAGUCAAAACUCUAGCACUUGUCAUAAUUUCCCAGGAAAAUCAAGUACUUGAGCGUUAUGUUUUAAAUAUGGAGGGGUUUCCUAAUAUUCUAUCCGAAAACGAAAAAAAAACUGCUAUUUCUAAUUUUGACUUGACAUGGAGUGAUAUUAUGCAAGAGUAUAGGUCGUGUAUUGCGUUUUUAAAGACGUUUUUAUCUUCUAAAUCCAAUGUUCCUAAUGAUCUUCCAGGGAGUAGCACUUUUACCACAACCAUUAGUAUCGAAGAUGAGAAUCCAAAUUUACCUAACUCGAGCUCAUUUUUGGAGUCUGACAUUAAACUACCGUGGAUUUCUAUUGAAACUGGCACAAAGAAAAAGCAAGAAAAUAUUCCAUUAUCAUACCCUAUCAGUGUAGUGGAUAUCGGGCCGAUCGGAUUUAAUGUUUUUGUGGAAUUUCCUGAAAUUUUAUAG